AUGUUUUCCUCAACGUCGAGCGUUUGUCAAGAGUAUGAAUUUCAAGUCCUCUCGGAGAAGGAUUUCAAAGUCAUGGCAUGGAAGAAUGGCUUGGGAUGCACCAAGCAAUUUUGCAUUCAUCCUGGACAUUGUGAAUCUGUGAAUGAUGAUUUUACGUGGAGACUUUCAAGUGCCGUGAUGACUGGUGGAGGUCCUUUUUCAAUUUUUGAUGGAUACUCCCGAGUUCUCAUAUUAUUGGAUUGCAAAGAUAGGAAAGAUUUGGAUGAUCAUCAUCAGGCAACAGAAUUACAAGCUGAAACUACGUUGUCCAAUCGUUAUCAAUUCUUUCUUCAACAUUAUGAGAGUGAGGAUAAGAUCACAAGAAUGGAAUUAAAAUUGAUGGAGCCUUAUGUUUUUUCUGGGAGUUUAAAAACAGAUUUUGAGAUUGCUCAAUUACAAACAGAUUCUAAUAUCAAAUUGCAGAUCACUGAUUUUAACAUCAUGACAAAAAAUAGCCGAGCUCGAUGUGACUUGGUGAAGUGUAUCAAUACGUGUUGUAACAAUGUUAGCUUGAUGGCAAUGAUUGAACUUGAUCACAACUCACUAAUAGAAAGGUUAACCUCAUCGGAGGAAAGACAGUGGAAUCUAUUCGUCUAUAACAUUUCUAAAUCCUCCAUUCACAUGAAUGACCUAACACAACAAUCGACUUGUCACAGCAAGCGAAACGCAACAGAAGAAAUUGCUCCCUCAUGCUUGUUGUGGAUUAACUUUAAAUCUUGCUCGUUCCACACUCUAACACACAUGCUUCAACCAUUAAGGCUUUCUCAAAAACAAGAUUCAUUACAAUGCAUUAUUGCACUGAUAUCCGUAAUUGAUCAAACCAUUAUUACUCAAUGA